AUGACCGAAUAUCUUCCGAACAAACAAGAGCUGGUCAUUUUUGUGCGUCCAUCUGAACUGCAGGAAAAGCUCCUACAAGCUACUUUGAAGUACUACGAGCAAUCUAGUGACGACACAAUUACUCCGUUACAGUUGAUUGUCAUACUCAAGAAAAUUUGUAAUCACCCCUCACUUAUAUCAACCGCCGAAAAAAUAGAAUCAAAUUCUUUAAUUCAGCUUUUAAACGAUAAUCUGCCUUCUUGGCAGGAGAUGGGGCCAACGGAUUCUACUAAAAUCAGCAUUCUUGAAGCACUUCUUGAAAGUCUCAUUGUACAGCAAGAGAAAAUUGUUAUUGUGUCUUACUAUAGUAAAACAUUGGAUAUGAUUAUGGGACUUUGUGAACAUUACAAUUAUAAGUUUUGUCGAUUAGAUGGAUCAACUCCUUCACAAGCUAGAGGGAAAAUAGUUUCCAGCUUCAACAGCCCUGCAACUGAUACUUUUAUUUUCCUGCUGAGUGCGAAGGCAGGUGGAGUGGGCUUGAACUUGAUCGGAGCAUCACGUUUGUUACUUUUCGAUAACGACUGGAAUCCGGCGAGUGGCUUACAGGCCAUGUCUCGUAUAUGGCGCGACGGUCAAACGCAGAAAGUUUUCAUCUACCGACUGUUAACUGCUUUUUCGAUAGAGGAGAAGAUUUUCCAAAGACAGAUUUCAAAAACUUCGCUGAGCGCAACAGUUGUGGAUCAAAAGCAAAAGCUGUGUAACCUGAAAUUUGCCGAUGAAGAACUGAAGGAUUUAUUUUCUGUUGACUUAGACCGCAAAGAUUGUCUCACACAUCAAAUGCUGGCAUGUGAAUGCCGAGGUGCGGGAGAGAUUCCCGAACAGAACGAACUAAAAUCACUGGAAACCCAAAACGAAUCUCUGGAGUGCAGUAGGUUUCAAAUUAGACUUCCAAAAACGAAAAUGAAGAAAGAUAAACGAUCCUUGAAAAUGCAGGAACUAAUGUGCUGGGAACAUCAUCGAUCGCCCAUAAAUCCAGAGAUACUGAAGGAACUUUCGUUGGAAGAAAGCGCUGAGGAUAUUGUGUUCAUGUUUCGCAACACAGUAAUCAACGGAACGAACAAAACAACGCCGGUAUGA